AUGACAACUCUCGAUCCUGCCACCGGCCGUCCCUUGGCCGACUCUGCCAUCCAGCGAGUUCUGUUCAUCUGCCCCCGCGUCCAUGUCUACCAGAUCCCUCCUCUCACUUCCAACAAAGGCUUCUCCGCCGGUACUUGGACCGCUCCACCGCGCCCGACUGCCCAGAUGAUUUUCACUGCCCGCUUACGCAUCAUUGAAACAUCGCUCUCGAAUCAAAUAAAGACCGACAUCGUACUCGAGGAUCCAAAGACUGGUGAUCUCUUCGCCGCUUGCCCUUAUACCUCACCCGCUGUAGUCGAGCAAGCCAACGAUAGUAGUCGUUUUUUUGCCAUCCGUGUCGUGGGUGAAGGGGGCAUGAAAGCCACUCUGGGUAUGGGCUUUGAAGAGAGACCAGAUGCCUUCGAUUUCAGCAUCACACUAUCCGAAGCCAGGAAGCUCCUGGGCCUGGAUCCUGCUUCCGGCCACGCACAACCCCAGCAUCUGAGCAGAAAGACGGUCGAGGAGCCCAAGAAGGAUUUCAGCUUGAAGGAGGGGCAAAGCAUACACGUCGAGAUUGGAGGUCGCGGCAGGAGACAGCAGCAAUCGACUUCUGCAUCCAAUGACGAUGGUAGCGCCCUGUUUUCCAUCCGACCCCCACCGCCGCCUGCUUCUGCUAACGACUUUGCUCUUCCUUCGCUCGCCCCUCCGCCAUCAGCUGCUCAUGUCAAGGCCGCCUCUAAGAGUCCUUCGCCUGCGAGACAGCAAUCACAGCAUCACUCUCAUCAGAACGCUCAAGAUCUGGGCUUCGACGAUGGUGAAUUUGGCGAGUUCCAAUGA